UCUUUUUUGAUACCUAGUGUUUCAGAAAAUUUGAUAAUUAGAAAAUCGAUAAUUAUAAUUAUGUAAUUGCAAAUAAGAGCUAAUUUGUUUACGACUAUGCAUACAUAUCCAAAACAGUAGAAAAGAAGUGAUUUAAAAAUAGUACGUAGCUUCUUUCGCCGUGAGCCUUAUUAGUUACCUGUAGCAACCACAACCAGAAAGCGUGAGAAUUUAUCAUAGAAAUAUAUGAUAUAUGCAACCGACGCUACAGAUCUAACAGCUACCUGUGAUUUGCGCCAUGUUUACAUGUUUUAUUGGUGAAACUAUCUUGUAUUUUUCUAAAAGAUGUACUGCGUUAUAUGAUUUUUAUUAAUCAAAACGGGAUGUAGCGGUAUUUUCUUAUUUUCUUGUGAUUAACUAAAGAAGAGCAAUUUUUUUCGUAAUAAGCAAAACAAGGAAACCGUACGACAAUGCCAGAAGACAAUAUAAGACUGAAUUCUUCUAGUUCCCGAGAGCUUUAAGUCUUUAAUAUUGUAUUAAGGAUUCAAUAGUGUAAAUAUGCUAUGCAAAAAAUAGAAACGAAAAUUGUUACAGUCAUCAACAGUAAAAUUACUUAUCAGUAGGUUAUUGGUAAAUAUUCAUGAAAUUAUGAAUUUAAGCUGGAUCUCCCAAAUUAUUGUUCGUCAUCCGUAUGUUUUAUUACUAGCUAUUACAGUAUUUUCUGGUACAUGUUUGGUAAUACCUUUCACUCUGCGACCAAUUCCACAUUUUUCAGAACCUCAAAUGGGAUUUGAAACACGAGGAACUGUUUUGGCUAAUCGUAAAAUAGCUUGGAAGAAUUUGGAGCAAGCCACAAGACCUUCUGGACCAUUUGCUGUUAAUCCAAAUGAAUUUUUUAAUAUAAGGAAAGAGAAGUUUGUCAAAAAUAAAAAGAAAAAAGUUACCAUUAUGCGAAGAGGGAUUAUUAUAAGAAAUAUAUCAGAAGAUAAUUUAGAAACUACUACAAGCAAUUGGGAAGCAUUACGUAAAAUUGCCAUUAGAGAGAGAACUACUGAAAAAAGUACAGUUGUUCAUGAACAUAGUGAAGAUUUUUUUUGUGGCGCUCCUGAUGAAGGAUAUGUUCAUUUUGUGGUAGAAUCAAAGGAUGGGUCUGACUUAUUUUCUUACAAUUCAUUGAGAACUCUCUGUCGAUUAGAGCAUGAAUUUAUAGAAGUUCCAGAAUAUAAAAGUUAUUGUCAACCAUCUUCUCUGAAAAAGCACAGUAAAUGUUGUCGUCCUUGGUCUUUGGGCAAUUACAUUGCACAAUUACAUAAUCGUACCACAUGUCUUGGAAUAACGGAGGAGGAUGUCAUUAAAAGUAAACUGCUAGUAAAACGCUGCUCUCAUUAUUUUCACACAUUAAACUUGGCUCCAGACUGUAGCCAAAAAAGCUGUUUUGUACCUGCAGAGUGUGUUCAAUAUGAUGCUGUUUAUAAUAUAUUAAAUUACCUUGUCAGUAUAUCCUUUCAUAAAUCUGAUAGACCUCAUAACAAUUUAACUCAAACAGUCAUAUUUUUACCUGUGGCUGCUGUAACCCAAAAUAUUAAUUACUUUCAUGCAAUAAGAAAUAUGCAACUGACUUUUGGAACAAUAUCAAUAGUGGCUAUGGAUUUUGGAAUAAAAGCUGCUUUGUUUGAUGAAUACUUGGUGCGUGAUAUAAAGUUCAUAACCUGCGGAACAUUCUUCAUUUUAUUGUGUAUCUGGUUUUAUACACAAUCAUUUCUAAUCACUAUUAUGACUAUUCUUGCGAUAAUAUUUUCACUAGGAAUUUCUUAUUUUUUAUACACCAUUGUGUUCAGAAUAGCAUUCUUCCCCUUUAUGAACCUGUUGGCUGUUGUAGUUGCAUUGGGUAUUGGAGCUGAUAAUGUGUUUCUAUUUUGUAAAGUAUGGCAGUCAAAAAAUCAAGGUAAAAAUUUGUCAUAUGUGGAAUGUAUGAAUGCAACAUUUCAUCAUGCUUUUUUAUCAAUGUUUAUUACUUCUGUAACGACAAUGGCUGCCUUUUUAGCAUCUUAUCUGAGCUCAAUUAUAGCUAUUCGAUGUUUUAGUUUGUUUGCAGCAAUGUCGGUUAUGGCUAACUGGAUCUUAAUGAUGACAUGGACUCCAGCGGCUGUCGUCAUAAGUGAAAGAAGCUUCUCAUACGUCCAAUUAUUCACAAAAAGAUUGCAGUUGCCAGCAGUAGUAAAGCAGUGUAAAAUAUUGACAAUACUAUGGUCUUCAGUUAAAUGUAAUUGGUUACGGGAAUUUUUAAACGAUUGUGAUCAAAAAUUAGCCAGUAUUGUUAUACAUUUUCGUUACAUUUGGCUUAUACUUUUCUCAGUAAUUGCUGUGGCAAGUAGUGUAAUUGUAUUUUACUAUCCCAAAUUGCAACUUCCCAGUACACCUGAUUUUCAGUUGUUCGAAAGUUCUAAUUUAUUUGAAACUUAUGAUAUGCAUUAUAAGUAUUUAUUCUGGUUCAGGAAAACAGAAAAGGUACCGGGAGAAAAUUUUGGCGAUUAUAAGUUGCCACUCAGAUUCGUAUGGGGAGUUUUACCGGUAAACAAUGCCAAUUACUUAGAUCCUACCUCCUUAGGAAAAAUGGAACUGGACGAAAGUUUUGACGUUUCAAAACCUGAGUCACAGCAAUGGCUAUUACAGUUCUGUCGGGAUUUGAGAAAUCAACCUUUUUAUGAACCCACGCCUGGCCCAUUACUGCCUAAUUGUUUUAUUGAAACAUUUAUGUCAUGGAUGCAACAACGUUGCAAUGAUUCAUUUGAAAAGAAAAGUCGCUUUCCUUGUUGUGAAAUACAGAAGUUCCCUUAUAAUAGCAGUAUUUUUGAUAUAUGUAUAACUAAAGCGAUGUCUGACUUGUAUGCAACUCCUACGGAAUAUUUCAUACCUGGAAUGGCAGGGCCUAAGUUCUCAAAAGACCAAUUUCCGACAAUAAAAGCUGUUGUAGUUGAAUAUGAUAGUAAUUAUACAUAUUCGAUGUCAUAUGAACAUAUGCACAAUUUUUUUACUCUUGUGGAAACGUGGAUGAUUAAGAAACUUCAAACUGCCCCGAAAGAGAUGAAAGGUGGUUUCUUUAUCAGCGAUCUAGACUUUUAUGAUGUGCAAAAGGUACUUUCAGAGGGUACGAUGGCAGCUAUCUGUGUAUCAAUGGGAACUGCAUUAGGAGUACUACUCCUUGCGUCCUUAAAUAUUUUUACUAGUUUAUAUGCAAUUGUUACUAUUACUAGUAGUAUUGUUGUAACGUUGGCGGUAUUGGUUGCAUUAGGAUGGAAGUUAAAUAUUUUAGAAUCAAUAACGAUAUCUGUAGCCAUAGGUUUAGCAGUAGAUUACAGUUUACAUUAUACUGUUGCAUAUAAGAUAUGUACCGAAAAAAGAAAUCGUAAACUUGCUACAAAAUUUGCAGUACUUAAUAUGGCUGGUCCAUCUUUAAUGGCAGCUCUCACAACAGGAGCUGCAGGAGCUUUCAUGAUGCCAUCAUCAAUUUUACCGUAUAUUCAAAUUGGAGUUUUUUUGAUAACCAGUAUGACCGUAAGCUGGUUUUUUGCCACAUUUUUCUUGUGUUCCCUAUUGGCUGUUGUAGGACCCACUAAUAAUUUAGGUCAAUUUUCUUAUUCAUCAUUAAACUUUUUAGCUCGGCCUAAAGAUAAAAGUAAGAAGAUUCGGCAGGCAUCUUCUGCUUCGGAGACACAUGAGUUAGAUUACCUUACGAAUAAGGGUUCGCGGCCUGUAAGUAAAACGCUACAAAAAUCAAUGUAUACUGCAAGAAACAGUGUAAGCCGUUCUUACACUGAUCAGUCUCCCUCUGCAACCAGUGCAAUUACUAUCGUCAUGGCCGAAGAUAAUUAAGAGAAAAAAAAAA